GCUCGUAGCUUCCUUGCCGGUGCGGCGGUGGGCGGCCGGCCGGCGACCGAUCGAUGAGCGAGCACGACACGAAGCACGUCGGAGACCUGCCGGCCACGGGCAUCGAGUCGUUCUCGCAGCUGCCGUUCGUGCGCCCGAGGCCGGCGGCGGCGGGGGCCGCCAUGACGACCGGCUCGAGCCCCACGUCCAUCCGGCUGUUUGGGUUCGAGCUCCCGCCCGACGGCGUCGGCGCCACGUCCUCCGCCGCCAACAGCGACGCUACCGCCGCAAGCACCACUGCUGCUGCGCCCGGCCAUGUGACGGUGUCCGGAGUAGUCGGUGGCGGUGGCGGCGGCGGUGGCCGUAAGUUCGAGUGCCACUACUGCUGCCGGAACUUCCCGACGUCGCAGGCGCUGGGCGGGCACCAGAACGCGCACAAGCGGGAGCGGCAGCACGCGAAGCGCGCGCAGUUCCAGAGCGCCAUGGCCAUGCAGGCGCACUACCCGGCCUACCCGGCCUACGCCAGCUACUACAGCUCGCACCGCUUCGCGCCGGCGCCGCCGCACAUGGCGGGACGCUGCGAGCCUCCGCCGCCGUACCCCUCGUGGUCCAACCACCACCACCACCACCACCUCGCGCCUUCCCCUGCACCCAUGGUGGCCAGGUACUACGGGCAGGCCGGCUCCGUCUCGCACCCGAUCAACGGCAGCCCGGUGCCAGCCACCGCGCUGUGGCGUGUCCCCGCCAUCACCGUGGCCGCGCCACUGGCCCGCCGAGAACGGCCCGCGCCGCUGUCGCUGGCCGCCGGACGUGAGGAAGAUGCAAUGGUGGAGGUAAGGAGAGGGAACGUAGUAGGCGCCGCGGCGGUGCAACCUGGCUCGCGGCUGUCGCGGUCGUCGUCUUCGUCGUCGUCGGCGUCGUCGUCCUCACAGCAUCACCACGAGCCGCGGCUGGGAGACAUCGCAGAGAUUAACAGAGAAAAUGUGAGUCUGGAUCUCACCUUGUAAUUCACCAUGAGAAAUGGGUGCGCCGAUUAAUUAGUGAGUUCUUGCCUUCUCGGUAAGUGCGAAUUAAGAAAAAAAUAAUUCUUUUUUUCUUUAGUUCGUGAAUUUGUUUAGCUAGCGAUGCUCACAAGAGACCAUUUUUUUUCUUCUUCAGUGCCCUUUUUUUUGCAGUCCUUUUUCACCGCUGCACUCAUUCGACCUCGUUCUGUAACUUCUGUUCAUCACAUUAGAUUUCUUUGUAGAAAUAGAGGUAAAUUCAAGAUGGAAAGCAGAUGGAGCAUGAAAAAUUGUGGUCUCUCUCUCUCCCCCUCUCAUUUGUCUUACUAAUU